GAUCGCUGCCUACCUUGUCCGAAUUCGGUGGCGCCACGUCCGUCGGUCUCCGCCUCCUGCACAGCGGCUGCGCCUCCACUUUCCCUGGCCGAGCCGGCCGCGGAGCGCGGGGUGGGCACGGGAGGACGCGCGGCGCUGCGCAGCCGGUCACCUGACGGGCGACCAUGUCGGACAUCGGGGACUGGUUCAGGAGCAUCCCGGCCAUCACGCGCUACUGGUUUGCUGCCACCGUCGCUGUCCCCUUGAUCGGCAAGCUCGGGAUCAUCAGCCCGGCCUACUUCUUCCUCUGGCCCGAAGCCUUCCUCUAUCGCUUCCAGAUAUGGAGGCCGUUCACUGCCACCUUUUAUUUCCCCGUGGGUCCAGGAACUGGAUUUCUUUAUUUGGUCAAUUUAUAUUUCUUAUAUCAGUAUUCUACACGGCUUGAAGCAGGAGCUUUUGACGGGAGGCCAGCAGACUAUUUGUUCAUGCUUCUCUUUAACUGGAUCUGCAUUGUCAUUACUGGCUUAGCAAUGGAUAUGCAGCUGCUGAUGAUCCCCCUGAUCAUGUCAGUGCUCUACGUCUGGGCCCAGCUGAACAGAGACCUGAUCGUAUCGUUCUGGUUUGGAACACGAUUUAAGGCCUGCUACUUACCUUGGGUUAUCCUCGGAUUCAACUAUAUCAUUGGAGGCUCGGUGAUCAAUGAGCUCAUUGGAAACCUUGUUGGACAUCUUUAUUUCUUCCUGAUGUUCAGAUACCCAAUGGACUUGGGAGGAAGGAAUUUUCUGUCCACACCUCAGUUUUUGUACCGUUGGCUACCCAGUAGGAGAGGAGGGGUGUCAGGGUUUGGUGUGCCCCCUGCUAGCAUGAGGCGAGCUGCUGAUCAGAAUGGCGGAGGCGGGAGACACAACUGGGGCCAGGGCUUCCGACUUGGAGACCAGUGAGGAGCAGCCCUGGCCUGCUCACCAGCCAUGCUGAGUAGAUGACGUCUCCUCCCAGUGCUGGGCACGCUUAAUGGCCGAGCUCUUGCUGCCGCUCUUGGACCUGACCCACACUGAAUGUAGUCUUUCGGUACAAGACACAUUUUUAAAUCCUCAAGGAAAAUACAAGUGUUCCUCAAGUUUCAUGAUUCUCAUUCAGGUCCUUACUGCUAUGAAGAACAAAUAUCAGCUGUGCAGAUUUCAAAACUGACUCAUUUUCUGGUGUCUUCUCUUCCUCCCCUUCCAUCUGAAUAAUGAGCUGGGCAAGAGAGAUUGAUUAACCAAAUCCAGUCAAAGGACCCUUUCCUCUCACACACACGUUCCCAGAGUUGCAGCUAGAGUUGUCCAGAGAAGGGUUUUGCCUUUGACAAACUUACUUACUGACUUUUGCCAAAGCUUGGUCACAAAGAGCUGCUUCACACAUCGCUCUUGGCCAUCACCGGCAGGACUGUAGCAGUAGGGAGAAGAUGGAGCAGCAGAGGAAGAGCUUCCUCCGCUGUGGGGCCUGCAUCCGCCUCUCCGCAGUGCCGCCGUUUGCCACCUUCUCAGAUAUUCAUACCCAAAGGCACCACUGAGUCAGUGGUGGCCCAGCCUGGGAGUGAUGAGGGUUAGGACUUGUUGAUAGGCACUUUUCCCUCUGAGCCAAGUGAUCAGAACCAUAGUGGAGUUGCUCCUGACACAGGAUGGGUGGAAAUGUGAUCCCCUUGGGUUUCUUCCAUGGGGUGAACUGACUUUGUGUGCCCAGAGCAUUUGUACUGCACUGUGUUGUGGUAGGAGGUUCCAGAUCAUGCUGGCCAGACACAUGUCCCUGGAGGCAAGCUGCGGGACACCGAUUCCUUCCAUCCACAUUGUGGGUGUGUGUUCACCAAGUCGGUGGAGAAAAGAGUGUCAGACUCUAAAUUUUUCGUUCAUUGUUUAUUUUGUCCCAUGCCUUUACUGGUCAAGUGUUUGUGUUAAUGGCAAGGGAAUUACAGCUCUUCAGAUGUGUGUCUAUCAGUUUGUAAGGCUAAUAGAGGCACAUCUGAAUGAGUCACUCAUAAUUAGAGGUUCCAAUAGCUUUAGGAUCAUUUGCAUUUGAAGGUCAUUAUCAUCUUGGGUCAUGCAUGUAUACACUUUGUGAAUCAGACCUGCUCCCUUUUCAUAGGUGGGCUUUUGCCAGCAGAGCUCAGCUUAUCACUAAAUAAAGUUUUCUGAAGGCUACAGUGCUUUCUAUAGUUACUUUAUGUUGUCAUUCUGAAAUCAGGCUGCUGGCUGCAGUGUGGGGUAGCCGGUAUGCUCUGAGUGAUGUCUGAAGGUUUUUGCUACUUUGGUUUUUCCUUUGAGGCAAUGCGCUCUAACAGUGUGACUUGUCUUUCUCUGCUCAUUAAAACUGUGAUGUGUAUUAUAUUAGGAAGGGGGAGUUUAAAAAAGAGCUCUCCCUUUCUAAGUGUGUACCUCUCCAUAUUUAAUUUAUAUGAUAAACUGUCGGGUGGAGAGAGGCUGAUCCCUGAGCCGCCUGGUUCUCCUGCCGACCCGAGGCUGUGAUAAAAUGUGUGUGUUUAAGAUCCACAAACCGAUCUCCCUAUGGUGGUGCCUAUGUACUCCUGUGCAAGGAAGGAGGAGGCUCACCUUCGGAAAGGACUGCCAGUUGAGCGAGCGAGAGAUUAUUCUAUGUCCUGGUACCUGGCUGGCUCCUCGGAGAACAGGCUUUUCUAAGGGUCUGCAAGUAUGGAGAACUUUUCUGUACAAGGCAAAUGUUCACAACAUUCUUUCUCCUGGACAUGGUUAGGAAGCUGGUAACUUUAUUAUCCUUCCAGGAUAGUUUUACCAAAGUGAGCUGUUUGUGAGUGUUGACUUCACAAGGUAAGAAUUCACAGUGGGUUCUCUUCAUGAAUGUGAAAAAAACCUUAUUUUGUACAGACAGCUUUCCUUUUUGUAACUAAUCCUUUUUACUGGUAAAUAUUGUAAAUUAAAACGUGCAACUUGAA